UGGAAGAGCGCGCUACAAUGACACAUGUAUUUUAAACCAUUCAACGUGACCAGAUCGAUACCUAAAUAUUUUACGCAUUGGAAUUCACAAAGCCCGUGUUUUAUUGAGUCAAGUUUUCAAAUCGAAACUAGAGAGUUUUAGAUUUAAAAUGUGGGUACCCAUACGAAAGCGACUUUGAUGCUGUAAUCCCACAAGUUAACUGUACACUAUGGGAGCGGGAGCAGCGAAAUCGAAAAAUCCACAAUAUGUUCACCUGGACUGUGAUCCUACCCAAAAGAACAUUGCGACUAAUCCAGAGAAAACAAAGGCCAUUAAAGAUGACAGCGAGUUUACUGUCCCCACUAACACAUUAAUAUCUGAUAGGAAACUUCGUUUUAGCAAGAAUGUAAAAUUGAAAAUAUCCUGUAAUGGGGGCGGAGUUAUCCGGGUAGGAUUAACAGCUAUAAAUCCUGCCGAAAACGAAAAUAUAUUGCAGGGAUCUGUAUUUGAGAAAGAAGAAGGGUUUGGUCCAGAAGUAACGUGUCGCACAUUAUACAAGACGGAUUUUAAUUGCUAUUGCUAUGGACCCCCAGAGGAAGAAAUAGAAUAUGAAUGUGAGAGAACAGAGACAGAUGUGUGGCUCUAUGUAAUCUAUGUGUAUGGAGUUCCGGAAGUCAGGGCAGAACUCGUAGAAAAUGGUGGAAGUAAUAUGAAUGAGGUAACUCUAUUUUCUAUCACAAAAGACAUGACUAGCACGGACACCAUAUCCGCCAAUACAGCUGUAUGCAGAAUCAGCGAACCUGUCGUUAACGGAGAUGUUUACCACUGUCGAUGGAGCAUGAAACUGGAAAAUGAAAACAUAGCAGGAAAGUCACCCACUUAUGGUUACAUGUCUCUUAAACUUGUAUGUAGGAAGAAAAAUGAAGGUGAAAUAGAAGAAGAUAUAAUAUGGGAGCGGAAGAGCGCAGUGCAAGAGUACCCGUUCAGUUCAGUAAUUGCUUUUCGCUUGAGCAUCCUAGAGAAGCAGGUUUCACACAAUUUGUUUGUAAACUCUGUUGGUAACACGACAAAAGACUUUUUCAAAGAUCAAGUGGAACCUGGUUCACUGUAUUUUGAGAUUGAAUUGAGCAGUGGUCAGAUAGAAGUUACCCAUGGAAAAGGACUCCUUAUAGCACAAGAAUUAGGAAGUACUUUGCUGGUAACCGGUUAUAAAUGUGAUGACGAUGAGGCAAGCACAAAUGACAUGCUGAUUGAAAUAAGUUCAAAAAUCAACUUCCAACCUCGUCGUAUACAGUUUGGGGAUAGUCUGGUCAGUUUCGUCUUAGAAUUUAAUGAAAGGUUGACAGACAAAGCUGUAAAGGAUAUACAGCAUGAUUUAGAUUGCCAAGUUAAACAAUUACGAGAGACAGAUUUGGUUCAAAUUCUUAUAAAUACAACUGACGAAGUAGAUGUAGAUGAUAUGAAGUUCGACAUAGAAGCGCAUUUCUCGAGGGAAAAAGCUGGCGGUGGACGUAUUGUCAGUACCAAAAAGGACAAGGACAUACCUGACAGUUGGAUUAUUAGAUUUAAAAGCGCUGAAAUUGCUCGAAAAGUCUGGCUACCGAAAGUACACAGUGUUACCAUAGGCGAAGAACGAGCGAAUGCACGUGUUUUCCCAGUGUAUAACGGUGUUGGUUUGGCUGUGAAUUGUGGAGAAAAACCUGUGUAUGAUGACUCUCCUCUGGUAGUUGAAGUGGAUAAAAACAAAUUGCGGUUUAUACAAAAGCGAGAAACAGAAAAACAGUCGUUCGUGGCCAGCAUAAAUGCAAAAAUAAAAGUAAAUGUUGUAUGGGCAGCAUUUACCGCAGACAACGAAGAUGAUUUUGAAACAGAAUUUGAACAAGAAAAAACAUUUUCAGAGAGCUUCAAUGAGCCACACUCUAUAACGUUUGAAUCCCUAGUACCAAAGCCCGAUUGGAAAAAACUAGCUGUUUGGAAAGACAUCACAAAGAAAGAAGUAUCAAACUAUUUCAAUAAGUCAAUACAUCAGGUCAUUUUCAAUGUAGAAGAUGAUGCUGCUGAAACUGUUCUUGAUGUAUUGACCAGUUUGCAAGAAAAGAACGAGUUUGAAUUCGAAGAAAAUUUGGAAUGUAACAGAGUAACACUAUUCGGGUCUGACAAACAAGUCUUAAAGAAUGUUGCUGAUAAAGCCGGAAAAAAGAUUGUGAUUCCCGAAAAUGUGACCGAACCAAUCAGAAUCAAAAUUGAACAGUAUGUUGCUCUAGACGCAGAGGGAGUACUUGAUCAAGUAAAAAACGAGUGUUCUUACACGUCUUUUAAAGUAAACAGAGAGACAAAAACUGUAACACUCAAGGGCCCGAGUGAUGAAGUCCAAAAGGCAAGUCGCAAAAUUCUAAAAUUUGCCAUAGAUACAACAACUGUCUCCAUACAUGUAACAGAGGAAGAAGCGGAGUUUAUGAGAAGAGGAGGCGAAACCCUGAUAAAGGAAGAAUUCCGUAAAAAGAGGUUGAAUAAUAAUUUUACUUUAUCUGAAACAGAAAAUACACUCAGUGUUGUAAUUUAUACAGGCAAUGGAAUCAAUGAGGAAAAAAAGAAAAAGGAAAUCUUAGGAGUUAUAGAAAAUACUAUUUCCACAUGCUUUGUAACUGUUGACAAGGAGCCUGCAGCUACAUUUAAAACAUAUGAUUGGAACAAUUAUAAGCACGAAAUCGAAAAAAGGGCUGUUGGACACUUGCUCAUUUUAGAUCCCAGAAACAAGCUGAUCAUUACUAUUAUUGGUACAGCGGAAACUAGUAAAUUUGCUAAGGUAGAAGUUGAAAAUUACCUUAAACGUCAUAAACGUGGAACAGUUAUGAUUCGUGUGCCAAUAGAAAAAGCUGAAUAUUUGGAUGAGUUCAGGAACGAAGAAUAUCGCGACAAACUCGAAUGUGUUAAAGAUAGUAAUGGUUGCCACACUGGCGAACUGUCAAUUCAUGGCAUUGCUGAUGAAAUCAGUGGAUUGGAAGAUGCCGUUAAAAACGACGUAAAGAAAAUAGGUCCACAUUGGUUUUACAUGAAGAAAAGUUGGUUAGCAAGUGUUAUCCAAGAGCUUGUUGAUUUGAAAACACUUUCGCACAAUGAAAGAUUUCUGCUACAACUUGAUAUAGCACACAGUCUUGCUGCGCAAGGAAUCACGGGAGUUGCUAUUGCACCGAACUCAGGGACAAUCAUCCAAGUUAGACAGGGGGAUAUCACGUUUGAAACAACAGAAGUCAUUGUUCACAGUACAAACGGACACAUCAAGGCUUUUGAGGGAGGACUAGGAAAAUGUUUGAUAGAUAUCGGUGGAAGUGACAUUAAAGAUGAACUACUUGAAAAGAUAAAAGUCAAAGAAACUGAUCUUGAAAUAAAGGAUGAGGAACAUCCGAAAUCAGAAACUAUUCACGUCUCUGAUUCUACUGCUGGCAAAGAAUCACAUACAAUUCAUGGAAGAUCAAACAGUAAAUUCAAAAUUGGAGAUGCGAUUAUGACUGAGUCUGGGCGAUUACGAUGCCUGAAAAUUGUACAUGCGUUUCCACCAAAGUGGACUGAUGGUUCAAAAUCAGAAGAUCUUGAGAUGAAGACUUUAGUCAGAAAAAUAUUACAGAUAUGUCAAGAUCAGAAACUGACAUCAGUAGCUCUGACGGCCAUGGGUUGUCAUCCUGUUGAAAAGGCUACAUUGUGUAUAGUUGAAGCUGUGACAGAAUUUAUCGGAAAACGAAAAGACUUAGCUAUAAAGGAGGUAGUGUUAUGUGACAGUUCAAAGCGUGUAGUGGAUAAAUUCACAGAAGCCUUGGAAACCCUGAAAGAUCCAUGGUUUGUCUUCAGACAUGGACGGAAGAUUGAAGUAGAAGAUUUUUUGACGUCAUCGAGACUUAAGGCAGAAAGUAAACAUGUUAUUCGGCCUAGUUCUAGUCGUGCAACAGCGCGUCCACCAUCAUCACGGCCUAAAACACCGGGACUGCGUUGGGGAAGAAGACAGCACACUCACAUUACCCAGGAUGGAAAUACUCGCCAGCAGAGUGGUCAAGAUAAUGCAGAAAUCACUGAUGUAUUCAAAGAUGGACUCCCUUACAACAUCCCCAUAACAGAAAAGCUCACUUUGCAUGUCAAGAAAGGAGACUUGACACAGGAACUGAUGAAUGUUAUUGUGUGCCCAACUACGGAGUUUCCAAAUCUUACCGGUGAAGUCGCAAAUGCUGUCCUUAAGGCCGGAGGUAAUACUAUUCUACAAGAAUGCAAAAAUCACGGAACUGUCUCUGAGGGUCAAAUAAAAACUACUGGAGCUGGUCGUUUAAAAUGCGACAGGAUAUAUCAUGCUCGCGUACCGAAGAAAUGGAACUCUGAGAAAGGAGAAAAGGUUGUUAGCGAUCUUGUAUCCUCAUGUCUGACCGAGGCUUUUAACAACGAUUAUUCUACAAUUGCCUUCCCGACAAUAGGAACUGGUAACUCUGGGUUUCCUGCAGAUAAAGUUGCAAAUGCAAUGAUAAAGGCGAUUUGCCAGAUUGGGAAAAGCUAUCGAAACUCUUCAUUAACAGAUGUGACAAUAGUUGUAUAUUCGAUGUCAGAGGGUGUGUGCAAGAUAUUCGAAGAAGUCGUACCAUUCUUGUUCAGAACCGCUGGCGAAAGUGAUUCGACUGGUAUCAGUAUAAGUAGAAAAGGCCAAAGAAACCUUCCAAGGCGAAAAACUGUAAAAUACGUCCCACCUCCUUCGUUUGACAAACAUUCUCCUGUUGACGAUGUUGUCAUUGUGAAAGUUGUUUCAAAAGCAAACGGAAGUGAAAUUCAGAAAAGGCUGGAAGAAAUUGUUGACAAAGAGAUUGUUACCAAGAAGUUGAAUUUCCAGGAACUAUCAAAAGAACAAACGCUUUCAGAGUCCGAGGAAAGAUCCCUCAAAACACUUGAAUUGAAAUAUGGUAUCAAUAUUGAGAUAGAUAAAUCGUCGAAAUGCGUAAAGCUAACGGGACUGAAAAAACGCGUCGACAACUGUGAAUUCAAAGCAGUGAAACUGCUAGAGGACGAAUUUCCCAGGUGGCGUUUGAAAGAAAAGAAUAUCAAGACAGUUGCCCGGACAGUACAAUGGUAUUAUGGCGAUGCUGAUGGGAAUUCCUACCCUGUAGAUGCAGAAUCUAACUAUGAAUUACACAUAAAUUACCUUGUCGGUGAGGAUUUUACGUACCAAAAUCACGCAGAUAAAAAACAAUACAAAAUGAUCAUUAAUGACAUGGAGGAACAUCCAAUGGAUGACCCAAAGAAAAGGAGGCGGCUUUAUCUUAGAACCAAUAUUGAUCAAGACAUUCGUGUACCCCACACCUGGGCAAUAUCAGAAAGGGGAGGUGACGUUGCAGAAAUACCACUGAAUGCAAAUGAACCAGAAUUCGAUGAAGUCAAAGACGCACUUAUAAAAGGUGGUUGCAAACCGAACCAAAUUAUAACUAUAACACGAUUGGAGAACAAGUUCAUGUGGCUGCAGUACCAGACUAAGAAGAAACAACUCGAGAAACAGAAUCCAAACAAACAAAAUGAAAGAAGGCUAUGGCAUGGGACAAAUAUCGAAACAGUCCCCAAAAUUAUCAAAAACGGCUACGAUCGUAGCUUCGCCGGAAACGCGAACAUGACAGCACAUGGAAAAGGUGUCUACUUUGCUGCACCCUCUUCGUACUCGGACAGAGAUCAGUAUGCUACCAGAGAUGCAAACGGGAACAAAAGAAUGUUUUGGAACAGAGUUCUAACCGGAGAAUUCUGUCAAAGCAAUCAAAAUAUGUCAACAUUACCGGAGAAACCAGGCGUUAUAGUUAACUACUUCAAAGUAUAUUAUGACAGUGCUGUAGAUGAUGUUAACCAUCCUGGCAUAUUUGUUAUAUUUCAUGACACCCAGGCUUACCCUGAAUAUCUAAUCGAAUAUAAAUGAUAAGUCGAAAGGGACCGAGAAAUACAACUAUCAAAAAAAAUACAGUUGAUAACAUGUUCAUCAUACAUAGUAUUUAUUUGAAGAUGGAAUGUAUUUAAAAAUGGAAACAGACUAUUACGUGAUGCAAUAUAGGCCUUAUGUUAUUAGAUUGGUAUAGUUCCAAUACUUACUAAUUCAGGUGAUUUGAUACGUUUAGCCAAGAAGUUCACAUUUCGAUGAACCUCUUGCUUAUCCGUCUUUUAUUGUAUUAAGGCCAGUAUUUCCGCGGUAAUAUCCGAUAACUUUCUAAUGUUAUGUUCCGAACGAAACAUGUAAGUGUGGGUUCAUUUUAGAUACAUUAUUCCCUAUCCGAUGGUUUCGAUUAAAACAAAAAAAUGAAUAUAAUGGUAUGUUCAAAAUGUUUGGUGUGGAGAGCGAAACCAUUAGAAAUAGAAACAAUCAGUGCAGAAACGUUUACUUGCAAUGUAAAUAUAAGGAUAAAAUAUUUUUGUCGGAUUCAUGCAUGUGUAAACACUGUGCGCCCUGUCAUUAACGCACACAUUUAGCGAAAGGGGCUUUAUUCUAUGUAUGCGUUAGUCGUCAGGGUUUACACAUGCAUGGACACGACAAAAAUAUUUGAAACUUAUAAUACAGUAAUGAUGCCCUUCUGUCAACGAACAGACACCUUUUGUCCGCUCUUGGGUAUCUAGAGAGUGUUUUUCUUGCACAGCGGAUUGGCGAUUUCGUUGAUGUUACCCAUGCCUGGCUAUACCCAUCUGGUACCAUCCAUGCUAGAUAGCUUUCAUGCUGUUAAUGACGAAUACAGAACUACAUUUUGAAAAUUGAAAGGUCAGGGUAGAUAUCCAGGACGUAUAUUUUGCGUUAAUUAGAGGGACUAACCCACAAAAUCUAGACGAACAAUAGUUUAUCUCAAAAAUCCAUAAAUGACUAGUGGUAUACUGUACAAACUUAUUGACAUCAGAAUUUUGCAAGAAACAAAAUGCUGUUCUGAAGGUAGUUAACCAUUGCGACGCUUUUGAACUAAAAUAGGAAAUUUACAUUUUUCAUGCAGUUGAACCAAUAUCUAAUUUAUAUUUUCACCUUCUUUAUCAUUUUCAGUGUCAUGUACAUUCUAUGCUAGACUUGUUGGAAAUGAACAUGUUGAACAAUUUCACCAAAUGUGUGGGCGAGCAAUUUUAAAUAUGUUUUACUUAAUAUGUCAAAUCCGAUAAAAAUCAAUUACACUGAUAGUUGCUCUUUGUACCUUGUAAGGUUAUUUUUCGGACAAAAAACACAUUGUCACGCUACAAAUGAUAAAACUAGUUGUACUCUGUUGUUCCUCUUUGUACUGGAUAUUGUUUUAAAAAAAGAGCCAAAUGAGCAAAAAGUUCAGAAAAAGACUCUGUAACCUAAUUUUCUAUUUAUUCUGCUUGCUCAUUAAAACUGAUUUUUGAUAAUUUUUUAACCUUUUCUAACUUGAAAUUAAUACUUACCGGCAUUAUAUUCUAAUGUUGUGACAUGGUUUAUUAUUUCCUAUUUUUCCUUCUAAUUAUAUACGCAUAUUUUCCAUCAAAGCUAUUUAUUUGAAUGAUAUAAUUUUUAUUGUAAUUCUCUUAUUAAAGCAUCUCUAUAUGAUAAUCUUAUUUAGAGAACUUGUAGCUAGUUUUAUCUGUGUUAUUACCAUUUAUCAUUUAAUGCAGUUUAACUUCCAUGCCAAACCUGCUUUAUUUUGUUUUGUAUAUGUAUAUUAUGCACCAUAUUAUAUAAUUUUGAAAUAUGAAAUAAAUGAAUGAAUUGACAAAACGCAUUAACUCUGUGUCUUUUGGAUUUGGUAAUUUUAAUCGCUGGCAGUUAAUCCUUUACAGUUUUAGACACAAUAUUUUAGUUUAUUUUGUUCAUAUAAACAAAGUUUAAAUCGAAAAUGUUACUAUUCUGAAUUUAAAUCUUACAACAAAUCUUUAGAAAUGUCAUCUGUCUACUUAAUACAUAUUUUUAAUAUGCAUUAUUGAUGCAUAGUGGGUAACAGAAGUCAUAAACAUGUUAAAUACAGCCUUUAUUUUUCUACAAUGUCAGUAUGAAUAUAUAAUUAUACAAAUAUAGUUUUGUUUCAAGAAAGGGUUUAUCUUAUUUCAUGUUUUUAUUUCAAAACAUUUGAGAGUGAUCAUGAAAUAAAAUCUAAAUGAGCAAA